AUGGCUUCGCAGAACAAUAACACGCCAUCUCUGCUGUUGCUCUCGCUCCCGCCCAGGACGCUGGUUGGCAUAGACCUCCUGUCGUUCAACUCGUCGCCCAACUUCCACGGCAUCACGAACAUACCAUACGGAGUGCACUUCAUAUACACGGGGACUCAUGCCUCGCUUUCGAUCCGGCACGGACGAUGGAUCCAAUUGAAACCAGGCGGACCGAGACCGCCGUGGGAAGUCCUCAGAUGGAACAGCGACACGGAAACAUUGGACCUGUUGGACCAUGGUAACCAGACUGCACGGAACGCCAUUGCUGCUUUCACCGAAUCUUCCGGUCGAGGACUGGUCGACUACACAGCUCUCCAGGAUGCUACUUCUGACCUGAACGCACGGGAGUCUGAGGCCGACAACAACGGCGCCGGAAAUGAGCAGAGAACUGCUGAAAGCACCGAGGACUGGCCGAAGCUGUCCAAGUACAUCACUCCAAAGCUCCUGGACCGCGUACUGUCCAGUACUGAGUGGAUCGUGUCGUCCAUCUCAUCUGCGCCCAGCGAUACCGAACAUAUCCCAGGCCUGUCGCACCUCGAGACCACGAAUGCGCUGCACCAGUCGCCGUUGAACCUGCUGCCGAUCAACCUGAAACAGACGUGGGAGAGCAGCGACAUUGGUGGCACGAGGACGGAAAGGGCAAGAGAUAGAAGCUGGUACCUGGGUCAACUGAUCGACACGCUCACGCCGGCCAACGGCGACAGGACGCUUGGAGCCCGGGAAGUUCUGGGAGAGUUGCAGUUUUGCUUUCUUAUGGUUCUGACGCUCGCCAACUACAGCUGUCUCGAGCAGUGGAAGAGGCUGCUCAGCGUGUGUCUGACAUGCCAAAAAGCCUUGCUUGAGGUCGAGCCGUAUUUUGUCGAAUUGGUCAGGAUCCUGGGGACACAGAUUCAGCAUGUUGACGAUGUAGAGGGCGGGCUGUUCGAGUUGAGGGAUGAAACUAAUAGUUCAUGGUUGAGGUCGCUUUGGGCCCGGUUCAAAGUGCUGGUGGAUGAGGCUUUUGCUGAUGAAAAAGAGGAAGGCAAAGGGAAGGCUCUACGGAAAGAAGUCAAUGCUCUACAGAGGUUAUUCGAGGACAGAUACGGCUGGCAGAAUGAGAAGGAUGUCCUGAGGAGGGGAAUGGUUCAGCUAGAGGAUGGCGAGAGCGUUGAGUUGACAUUGCAGGGUGCCGAUGAGGAUGAUGAGACUGGGGAAUAUGCUCCGGUCAUUGUCGAAACGUAG